AUAAGGAAGGAAAACGUAUCGUUCUUUCUAAGAAUGGAGAAAUGCUGAAUUACUGAUGUAAAUAAACAUUUUACAAGGAAUAAAUGUAAUUUGAUGCUAAUAUGGAAGAAGGAAACUCAAUUAUUUACGGCCUAGAGCACCAGACUAGAGCUUUAUCCCCUCAGUAUGGAGAAAGUGACGCGAUCAGAUUCCUCAUUGGAACUCAAAGUUUGAAGCCUAACUCCAACCAAAUCCAUGUUGUAGAAUUGGAAGAAGAUACCGGAGCUUUACAUACUAAAGUAUUUAAACAUGAUAUCGGUGAAGUAUGGCAUCUGCGUUGCUCCCCGCACGACGCUGCAACCCUGCUCACUACACAUAACUCGUACGACCCAGCUACAUCACAGUGCACUAUGGGCGUCUCUGUAUUCAAGUUACCUACUGUAGAGGUGAUACCUAAGGACUUGGACGACUUGAGCGCUAUACAAAGCAGGAAUGCGGACGAUAUGGAGCUACUCUUAACCAUCAAGCCAGAGAAGCCAGAAGAAGAAAUUAGGUGUGCAGAAUGGCAUCCAACGGACGCUAAACGAGUGGGCGUGGUCUGCGAGGGCGGGGUCAGGGUGCAUGACGUCACUACCGGCGCCGCCCUCAGCCGGGCCGCCGCUUCCGCCCGGCUCAAGUUCACUGGCGGCAAGUGGAACCCCCAUCAGGGACAUACACAGUUCGCAGUGCUACAAGACAUGCACAUAAAAUGUUACGACACGCGGUCAGACUGCAGCAAGCCGGCCUGGACCAUCGACAAUGCGCAUACGCAACUCGCCAGAGACUUGGAUUUUAAUCCUAACAGGCAGUUUCAUCUGGCCACGGCGGGCGACGACGCGGCUCUCAACAUUUGGGACUACAGAAAUGGGAAGGAACCUAUAUUCAGUAGGACGGACCAUUCUCAUUGGGUGUGGACGGUUCGCUACAACACGUACCACGAGCAGCUGCUGCUGACGGGCAGCUCGGACGCCCGGGCUCUGCUCACAGCCGCCGCCAGCCUCUGUACCGACAACGACGACGAGAAACGACCCACACAACUCUUAGAAGAUGGCGUCCUACAGUCAUAUGAGCAGCAUGAAGACUCGGUGUACUGUGCCGAGUGGAGUGCCGCGGAGCCCUGGACCUUCGCCUCGCUCAGCUACGACGCCCGCCUCGUCAUCUCGCGAGUGCCAAGACAUUUUAAAUACAAAAUACUCCUGUAGUACCACGAAUAAUAAUUGUACUAUCCGCCAAUGACAUUUAUGACCCACCUUAGCAAAUUUUCGUAGCACCAAACAUAUACAAUAUAAGAACUAAAAUUCGGCAAUGAUACCAUCUUGCGAAAAAGCGGAUCAUAUAAGUUAUCGGUCGAUAGUAAGCACAGAU